AUGGAAAUCCUUAAUGAGGCAGAAGAAGAAUAUUCGAGCUCCGAUGGCAUCGGUCUCUCGACAGUGAAGGCUCUUCUGGACAGAGGCGCCUCUAUCGCAGUAUGCGGUGUCAAUGAAAAGAACCUGGCUGACUUGCUGCGUUCUUUUCUUUGGGGAGUGAAGAGCAAGCAUCAGGAUUACUCAUUCCAGAGAUUGGAUGUGGUUGAUCGUACUCAGGUCAAAGCGUUCCUGCACGCCACCAAAACUCGCUUUGGUGGUGUAGAUGGGAUUACGAAUAUCGCCGGUGUGAUCGGAAAGUACUUUGGGCUCAAGACAUUCUGGCAGCGGGCGCCGGAAGAGUUUGAUUUUGUCAUGAAUGUCAAUGUUCGAGGGGCUUUCAACUUCGUCGCUGAAGCAAUGACGCCGGGUUCUCUAGAGGGAGGAUCUCGAAACAUUCGGCUCAAUGCCGUUUUGCCGUGGAUUCCUCUUCUCGGUUGA